AUGGGGUCAAGUAUAGUAUAUAAAAUACUGAAGAAGCUUAAACUGGCCGAGUUUGCCAGGAAGAAACUGGGCUUUUCAACACACUCUUUCAAUGCAAAGCGGGAUGGGCAGGUAAGAGAGAGACGGAAACCAAAUGGACCGUGCAGACUGAAGGGAAAGGUUGUUGCCUUUCUGAGUCGCGAUGAUAACAGCCGGAUGAAGGCGGGAAAGAAGUCAACAAUAACAAGGCUGGGCGUAAAAAGACAAAUUCGCCUAUUGUCAGAUGAUCUUCUAGCUUUGCAUUCAAAAUUUCUGAUGCAGGAAAGUUGCAAAAUAUCUUGCAGUCUCUUUUGCUCCCUACGACCAUUUCAUGUCAUGAAACCAGCGGCAAAAGACAGAGAAACUUGCCAGUGCAGAAUUCAUGAAAAUUUGAAGUUUAAGAUGGAAGCCUAUCAUCAACUAAAAGUCAUCUCUUCAUCAAGUAUUGACGUUGCCUUGUGUAACAUUACUUGCGACAUGCAAAAGAAAGCGUGUAUGUACAGGGAAUGUCCCAACUGUGAAAGCAAAGAACUGGAUUUUGAUCUCACUGAUAGAGGUAAACAAGUGUCGUGGACAGCAUGGAAAACAAAGAGGCAGGAGUGGGAAAAGAAAGUGAGUGGUGAGACUAAGGUGUCUGUGACCAACAUCACCGUUAAGGAACGUGAAUAUGGAACACUGGAAACCUUGGCAACUGAACUGAAUAACGACAUCCAAAGGGCGAGUCAUCACAUCUUCAACAUAACCCAUCAAUGCAAAGCAAUAAGGCUUUUAAAGAAUCAGCUUACAGACGAAGAAGUUAUGGUACAUAUUGACUUCUCCAAGAACUAUAACUGCAAAUAUUCUGAAGAAAUUCAGAGUAUGCGUUUUGGGGCGUCGCAAAGGCAAAUAACCCUGCAUACUGGGGUCGCCUAUACCAGGUCAAAGACUUACUCUUUUUGCACCAUGCCGGACAGCUUAAAACAUGCUCCAGCGGCAAUAUGGGCUCAUCUCCAGCCGGUCAUUCUUCACCUUAAAGAGUUAGAGCCUAAUGUCAAUGUCAUCCACUUUAUCAGCGACGGCCCAACUACGCAGUACAGGAACAAACAAAACUUUUACCUGUUUUCAAAUAGGAUUUUUCAACAUGGGUUUAGAGAAAGAACCUGGAACUUCUUAGAAGCAGGCCAUGGCAAAGGUGCGGCAGACGGUAUCGGUGCUGUCAUCAAGCGUACCGCAGACAAGCUGGUCAGUGUUCAAGGCAAAGACAUCGUGAAUGCUGAGGGACUCAUGGCAGAACUGGUCAAAGUGAACACCAGUGUGAAGCUGUUCCUGAUUUCAGAAGAAAUCAUCGAUUCAUUGGAAUCUGAGCUUCCGUCUGACUUACGGCCUCUUUCGAAGACAAUGCAGAUUCACCAGGUUGUAACAGUCCAUCCUGGAGAAGUGCGACACAGAGUUCUGUCCUGUUUCUGCAAAAAACCUGCUGUAUGUGACUGCUUUGGACUAACUACUGCCACCUUCCCAGUUGAGAUCUCGCAGACAAGUGCAGACCAGCCAUCUGGUCCAACUGAGAAGGCCGAUGAGCCAAACGAAGCCCCUGAACAACUAAAACUCAUCAAAGUUAAUGUUGUAGAUGAGAGUUUGGUUUCAAAGUACUGCAUUGUACAGUACGACGGUAGGCCAUAUCCAGGCGUUGUUUUGACACUGGACGAUGAUGAGGAGAUGGAGGUCCAGGUUAUGCACUGUGUUGGCAAAAAUAGGUACUUUUGGCCAAUGAUUGACGACGCAGUAUGGUACAGGAAAGGAGAUGUCGUUACAUUGCUUCGGGAUUCCCCAAGACAGGUCAGCAAGCGCCACUGUGAAAUUGACAAACGUGUUUGGCGUCUCAUAAAAUCAGAAACGGACCUGGACUGA